UCUUUAAAACGUAUAAAACAAUGGCUUCUCUCCCUACACCAAUUACUCCCGUUACGUCCGUUACUCCUGCUACACCUACUACUACAGCUGCUCCUGUCAAAACUGAAAAACCUCUUCCGUUCUUAUUUCAUUUUACCGCUGGAGGUAUAGCAGGAACAAGUGAAAUUCUUGUUAUGUAUCCGCUUGAUGUUGUAAAGACAAGGUUUCAGUUACAAGUUUCUGGUGCAGGAGGAGAAGCAUAUACUUCAAUUAUGGACUGUUUCAAAAAAAUUAUUAAAAAUGAAGGAUUUAGUAGACUUUAUAGAGGAAUUCUUCCUCCAAUCCUUGUUGAAGCACCAAAAAGAGCAAUAAAAUUUUCAGCUAAUGAACAAUAUUCUACUCUAUUUAAAAAAAUUUAUGGGAAAGACAAAAUGAAUCAAUCAUUAUCUAUUCAAGCAGGUAUUUCUGCUGGUUGUACUGAAGCUGUUGUUAUCGUACCUUUUGAACUUGUUAAAAUUCGUCUUCAAGACAAAGGAAAUGCAGGAAAAUAUAACGGUACAUUUGAUGCGAUAACAAAAAUUAUCAAACAUGAAGGUCCUUUAGCUUUAUAUAAUGGAUUAGAAGCUACAGUAUGGCGUCAUGCUACGUGGAAUGGUGGAUAUUUUGGUGUUAUCUUUUCUAUUAGAAGAUCAUUACCAAAAGCAGAAAAUAAACAACAACAACUUAGAAAUAAUUUUAUUGCAGGAGCAAUUGGUGGCACAGUUGGUACAAUACUAAAUACGCCUUUUGAUGUAGUUAAAACCAGAAUUCAAAAUGAUUCUGGUACUGUUAAAAAAUAUAAUUGGACUUUACCUGCUGUUAAAAUUGUCGCACAAGAGGAAGGUUUUGGAGCUCUCUAUAAAGGUUUCGUUCCUAAAGUACUUCGUCUUGGACCCGGAGGCGGUAUUUUAUUAGUAGUAUUUGAUCAAGUAACAACAUGGAUGAAAAAAUAUUUGUUGUAAAAAAAAAUAAUAAUUUAAAACACAAAUA